UUUGGUUUUGCUAGUGUGUAAGAGAAAUAAUAGUCACUAUGUCCGAAACGGCGCCUGUUGCAGCUCCUGCUGUCUCUGCUCCUGAGGCAAAAGCCGCCGCUAAGAAACCGAAGAAGACGACAGGCGGCUCUAAAGCCCGCAAGCCUCCAGGUCCCAGCGUGACCGAGCUGAUCACCAAGGCGGUGUCCGCUUCCAAGGAGCGCAAAGGGGUCUCGCUGGCAGCUGUUAAGAAGGCUCUGGCCGCCGGAGGGUACGAUGUAGAGAAAAGCAACAGCCGCAUCAAAGUAGGACUCAAAAGCCUGGUGAGCAAAGGUACGUUGGUGCAGACCAAAGGCACCGGCGCAUCGGGCUCUUUUAAACUCAACAAGAAACCGGCUGAGACCAAGGAGAAGGCGCCGAAGAAAAAGCCAGCGGCAAAGCCUAAGAAACCAGCUGCCAAGAAACCCGCCAGCGCCGCCAAGAAACCCAAAAAGGCUGCGGCCGUGAAAAAGAGCCCGAAAAAAGUCAAGAAACCAGCAGCUGCCGCGCCCAAGAAAGCGGCCAAGAGCCCGAAAAAGGUUAAAGCGGCUAAGCCCAAGAAGGCAGCUAAGAGCCCGGCUAAGGCCAAAGCGGUGAAACCCAAGGUAGCCAAGCCCAAGCCAACCAAACCUAAAGUAGCAAAGGCUAAGAAGGCAGCGCCCAAGAAGAAGUAAAGAGUCACUUUCCUUUUAGAUGAACCCAACGGCUCUUUUAAGAGCCACCCAUCCCUUUCAAAAACAGAGCUGAUUCACUUACUGUAACGUCAGGCUGCUUUCUAGGACCAGUUCCCUUCCUCCCUUACCAUUAUACAAACUGAGGGGUAAAGGAGAAGCGACUCCGGUCAAAGAUAUGCACAGUGUAUGCAAUUUACUGUAGUAGCUCAUUCUCCCUAACCCCGAGUAAAGAGACUAUAGUAAUUCCGGCUUUUAAUUUCCUCCCUUCGCCCCCCGCAUUCAUGGUUAUUUUUUCUAGUCUCUAAGGUGCCACAAGUACUCCUGUUCUUUUUACCUAGAGCGUGCAGCUUUCAAGCAGUUGGAGGAAACAGGCCUCACCAUACAUUCUCAAAGGGAUGAGUCAGAAUAUAUGUGCCCUGUCCUUUGUUCACAGGGCGAGUUACAGGGCUCGAUGAUUGUAUAUGGACAAAAUCCUUUUCUGGUUUGCUGGUGGGAGGGAAUGAAGCAGUUGGUAAAUUUGAAAAGCCCGCUCUAUGCAAGGAUUGGCCAGACAACCCGGAACGUUAUUCCCGUUCAGAGGAAAUCCGUCUACUUUCAUUAACUCUCUAACUGUUGAAGAGGAGAGUCUUGAUAAAUGUUUUAGUUCAAGUUUAUUCCCCGGCCUUCCCGCCAAAGUCAAUUCAUAGGCCUUUUGGAAAACUUUCAAAUCUAGAACAAAUAACCGAUAAAGGGUACCGUAUUUCCCAUUUUAUUUUAUUGCAUUGUCUCUGGAAACCACAUCUAGCAACAGGUUACUGUCAUAUUAGGAAUUCCCGCCUUUUCACACUGGCCAAACAAUUACACGAAAAGGAAAUGGUGCCAAUUUAAUCCGGCUUUCAACAGUGAACUCACUGUCCGGGAGGUUUCUGUCUUCUACAAACCUUACGAACACGUAUUUCAAAUUAGGAGAGACUCAGUGUCUUGUUUGUAGGAAAACAGACUUCUGCCGAAUUGUUAAAUUUUCGUUC